UUGAAAACUUCCGGAAUGAAUUAAUUAUUUUAACUUUUGCUUUAACACGCGGAAUAUAUUUGGAAUUUUGUUUUUUUUUUCUCAAUAUAUACAAUUACUCGGGCUAAGGCUUUCACGCAGCGGCAUGUUUUAGUACAUCCUUAGUCAGUCCAUUUUCUACAUCUACAAUUUAAAAGUGGUCUCAGAGACAUACAUAUAAAAAUUCCACAAGUACAUACAUAUAUCGGUUUUUGGUGAACUUUUCAAGGCAAAAUUAUUCAAGUUCCAGUAUAGUGAUCCUCCCAGGCACGACGAGAGAGCCGCCGCUUGUCAACCGACACCUCGGCGAAGGCCCUUGGGUCCAACGGCUGGGCAAUGAAGCCCGAAAAGCUGAAUCGCCUGAUCCGAGGCAAUGGCCGGAUGCAGCCAUGGUUCCUGCGCAACACCAGCGAGCUCUACGAGAGUGCCGUCAGGUCGUAUUACGAACGCGGCUGCUCAGGCAUGUCCCACGACAACAGACACAAUCGCUUGCUCCGGCUGGAGGAUAAUGCGAGCCCGGGGAGUAAAGCAAAGAAGACGAAGAAGAUGGAGCCGGUGCCUAGUUAUGCUGACGAAUAUUCGCGUAUCCACCGGUUGCAGGUGAACCAGGCGGCCAGCAUCGCCUCUGGUCAGCGACUGCCCACGGUGAUGAAAACGAGCCGCCAGCGCUCGUUGUCCUUCUCAGUGGGCGGGGCGGAUAUGGCCAGAUCAACCAGUGGGGCUCGUCCGUACUCGGUCUACGAACAGUCGGAGCUGGGGGACAGCAGCUCCACCAGCUGCUCCAGUGCCAGCAGCGAGCCUUCCCAGCACAGGCUCGUAAUGGAGACCUUGCCGCGCUGCCUGCGCAGGAGCCGAGCGAUUGCGAAGAGGGAGCGCAAAAGGAUGGGCCGACGGGGCAGCAGGGUUAUCGAGGUGGCCAACGGACACCGGCUAGACACGGAUAUGGGGUUGUUUAGUGCACGGUCCCUGAGCGUUCCGCCGCCCAAGGGCCUUGGAAUGGGCAACUCGAUUUCCAAGCUGAUGGGGCGCCAGAUGCCACCGUGCCGCAAGCAGCACAUGAAGGCCAUCGAGAAGACCACUCUGGCUAAUGCAGCGUUGAUACCCAUGGGAGAGUCCGACACCCUGAUGACCGUGGACGAGACGCUGAAGCGCCAGAUUUCGAUGGUCAACCAUACCGUCAAGGGGCAGGGAACUAGCUCGGAGUUGGGCCAUCACCUGAUGACGUCCGGAAGCGGAAACGGACGCGCCAGCGGUAACCUACUCGAUGUUAUCCGUCAGCCCCCGACGGUGCGCUUCCGCUUCCACACUCUAGGUGAUCGCGCCAAUCAGUUCGAGUACAUUCAGUUCGCCGAUGGCCCGGUGAGCAAUUACGCCUUCGAUCGUCGUCCACAAGGCGGUGGCUACCAACGCAGAUUGCACAAAGGCAGCAGCACCAGCUCCAGCUCCAGCCUCAACACCAUCGGCGGGAGGCAGGAGGAGAAUCAGCAUAUGCUAAUGCAACCACUCAGCACCCGCAAUGUCCUAUAUGCGAACCACAUGCAAAGGAGCCGCAGCCUGGAGGUGCCCAGGGGUGGUCUGUUGGAGUCCCCACUGCCUCCGCCAGAUGUGCCAGAUGCCGAGCAGGUCUACGAUCUUACCUCACGGAGAACAAGGGGAUCUAGUCUGGAUACCAGCUCGCAAACCUCCUUGUCAGCGGGACAGAGUUCAGCAUCCGCUGUGGCCCAGCGCCAUUUCAGACAUGCCAAGCCCAGCACAACUUUCAAUUCUGGACGAAGAGCGGCAGCCAAAUGGACAGACAGUAGAGAGGAAACUCCAAGGAGCAAGCCCUCAAGAACAGACAGUUCCCGCCUUAGAGUGACUUGUCAGCCUCUGUCAGCCGUGCGGUGUGCAGAGGCAAGCCCACUGAACAGGAAUCACGUAACCAACUCCCGGCCAACGAACCCAGAGUUUAGGGGAUUGGCAGCAGUUACCCAAAAGAUAAGUUCAAAUUCUGGUGCAUAUAGCGACAUCAAAGGAGCAAGGAACACCGAUUGGCGAGGGUCUUCAACGACCAAGUCACAGUCCCAGCGAUCGUCAGUAGUGGCCUCAUUCAACGGAGCUUCGGCGGAUCCUUCGGAAGCCGCUUCCGAAGCAUUUGCCGAGGAAUGCAGGUUGUAUCCUGCACACAAUAAGUCCGUUCGUGUCGAAUGCGCUCCCAGGCGACGGGCGCAACUGCAGCAACGUCUUCUAGAGGUGGAUUCUCCAGAUGAGGACAUGCCCCUCUGUCUCGACAUGGUCAAGAGCAAAGCCAAGCCCCAAAUGAUGACAAUGCUGGAUAGCCCCAAAGCCAGGCUGAGGGUGGCCAAAGGGACCAACGGGACCACCAACCGGUUAAGCCGCGGCAGCCAUCGGGCCUACUUCCCGGCAGCCGAGGAUGACCUGACGUCAGGGCAUCCGAUUAACAAAAUUCCACACAAGCAGCCUGAGAAGUCGGGGAGUCUGGAGAAGGAGUCGGAGCAGAGAGAGCAAAACCUGGGCCCGCAGAAGUGGGUGCACAGCACCAGAGCCAUCACUGUUCCGUCAUCUCUGCCACAAAAGACGUCCGCCCAGCUCAAGGGUAGCAAUCCACUGCUGGCGGCGAGUGCCUCGCAGGUAUUGGCCUACAAGCGUGCCUUCCGCACCCAGCAGCAGAUGCUGAAGGUAGAGGCCCUGCACCAGCAGGCACAGUGUCUUCAGAAGCUCAGCCCGAAGCCGAAACCAAGCCGAAAAUUCGACUCGAACUCUCACUUCAACCAGCAGCUCCCAGAGGAAGACCUACAACCCGUCCAGCUACCGAGGCUGCAGAGCCGCCAGGACCCGACGGUCCGUAACGUUCUCAAGGGCACUGCAGAAGGAAAACCACUGAUGUCGGGAUUGGGAAAGGGAGGCAACGUGACCACUGGAUCUCCGGUAAAGGCAAUGAUAAUGCCAGGCCUUGCAGCAGUUCCUGUAGCAGCAUCCUUGACUGCGGGCGGAACGCCAUCGCUCAGGCAGAAGACGAAGGCAGCGCCAGGAGCUUUGAUUGCAACAAAAGCAGUAGCAGCAGCGACAUCGAGGCCAAAAGCAGAUGGAGGAGACCCAAGAGGUGGUGGGGCAGCAGUAGAGCGACGAGGUGCUUCCACGCUGUUGCAGCGACGCGACGAAUCCGAGCAGGCACAAUCACAGACAUCGGCGGGAAAACAUCAGCGUCAGCAGCAGCCACCCCGCCGUCAGUUUCACUAUCAAACCCCCCCCUGGCGAUCCAGCUACUGAAUGCAGAUUGUAUCGAAAUAACUGAUGUAUUUGCCAAUUUUAUUGUUAGUAGUAUAGUCCAGAAGCAGAGUGAAAAAAAUUAGUUAGAAACCCAAAAAAAUCCUGAAUGUUGAAUGUAUGUACAUAUGUGCAUAAUAUAGCAGAGUUCUCA